AUGGCAGAUGACACUUGCUCUGCUCACUUUGAUCUGUCAUCAUCCCAUGAUCCUGACAGAAACUCUGUGAAGAAAACUCUGUAUGGAUUGUUUCAUUACAGUCCCACGAUGCUUGGACUUGAAUCGCUUCCAGAUCCCACCGAUACCUGGGAAAUUAUAGAGACCAUAGGUAAAGGCACCUAUGGCAAGGUCUACAAGGUAGCUAACAAGAGAGAUGGGAGGCUGGCUGCGGUAAAAAUUCUGGAUCCAAUCAGUGAUAUGGAUGAAGAGAUUGAGGCAGAAUACAACAUUUUGCAGUUUCUUCCUAAUCAUCCCAAUGUUGUAAAGUUUUAUGGGAUGUUUUACAAAGCGGAUCACUGUGUGGGAGGACAGCUGUGGCUGGUUCUGGAGCUGUGUAACGGGGGUUCGGUCACUGAGCUUGUCAAAGGUCUCCUCAGGUGUGGCCAGCGGUUGGACGAAGCAGUGAUCUCAUACAUCUUAUACGGGGCUCUCUUGGGCCUUCAGCAUUUGCACAACAACCGAAUCAUCCACCGUGAUGUCAAGGGGAAUAACAUUCUUCUGACAACAGAAGGAGGAGUUAAGCUCGUUGACUUUGGCGUCUCAGCUCAACUUACCAGUACACGUCUACGGAGAAACACAUCUGUUGGCACCCCAUUCUGGAUGGCCCCGGAGGUCAUUGCUUGUGAGCAGCAAUAUGACUCUUCCUAUGACGCUCGCUGUGACGUCUGGUCCUUGGGGAUCACAGCUAUUGAACUGGGGGAUGGAGACCCUCCCCUCUUUGACAUGCAUCCGGUGAAAACACUCUUUAAGAUUCCAAGAAAUCCUCCACCUACUUUACUUUACCCAGAAAAAUGGUGUGAAGAAUUCAACCACUUUAUUUCACAGUGUCUUAUUAAGGAUUUUGAAAAGCGGCCUUCAGUCACGCAUCUCCUCGACCACCCAUUUAUUAAAGUAGCCCACGGGAAGGUUUUGUUUCUGCAAAAACAGCUGGCCAAGGUCCUCCAAGACCAGAAGCAUCUAAACCCUGUUGUUAAAACCAGGCAUGAAAGGAUGCAUACCAGAAGACCCUAUCGUGUGGAAGAUGCUGAAAAAUACUGCCUUGAGGAUGAUUUGGUUAAUCUAGAGGUUCUGGAUGAGGAUACAAUUAUUCAUCAGUUGCAGAAGCGUUAUGUGGACUUGCUGAUUUACACAUAUGUUGGAGACAUCUUAAUUGCGUUAAACCCCUUCCAGAAUCUAAGCAUAUACUCACCACAGUUUUCCAGACUUUAUCAUGGGGUGAAACGUGUCUCAAAUCCUCCCCACAUAUUUGCAUCAGCAGAUGCUGCUUAUCAAUGCAUGGUUACUUUCAGCAAAGACCAGUGCAUUGUCAUCAGCGGAGAAAGUGGCUCUGGGAAGACAGAAAGCGCCCACCUGAUUGUUCAGCAUUUGACUUUCUUGGGAAAGGCCAAUAAUCAGACCUUGAGAGAGAAAAUUCUGCAAGUCAACUCCCUGGUGGAAGCCUUUGGAAAUGCAUGCACUGCCAUCAAUGACAACUCCAGCCGUUUUGGAAAAUAUCUGGAAAUGAUGUUUACACCAACUGGAGCCGUGAUGGGGGCAAGAAUCUCUGAAUAUCUCCUUGAAAAAUCCAGAGUUAUAAAACAGGCAGAGGGAGAGAAAAAUUUUCACAUAUUUUACUAUAUUUAUGCUGGACUUUAUCACCAAAAGAAACUUUCUGAGUUCAGACUUCCUGAGGAAAAGCCUCCUAGGUACAUAGCUGGUGAAACUGGAAGGGUGAUGCAUGACAUAACUUCCAAGGAGUCUUACAGAAGACAGUUUGAAGCAAUUCAGCAUUGCUUCAGGAUUAUAGGGUUCACUCACAAGGAGGUACACUCAGUGUACAGAAUUUUGGCUGGAAUUUUGAAUAUUGGGAACAUUGAGUUUGCAGCUAUUUCCUCUCAACAUCAAACUGAUAAAAGUGAGGUCCCCAAUGCUGAAGCUUUGGAAAAUGCUGCCUGUGUUCUCUGCAUCAGCCCUCAAGAGCUCCAGGAGGCCCUCACCUCAUACUGUGUGGUAACCCGGGGCGAGACUAUCAUCCGCACCAACACCGUCGACAGGGCUGCAGACGUCCGAGAUGCCAUGUCCAAAGCCCUGUAUGGGAGGCUCUUCAGCUGGAUUGUAAAUCGCAUCAAUACACUCCUGCAGCCAGACAAAAACAUAUGUAGUGCAGAGGAUGGUUUGAAUGUGGGGAUCUUGGAUAUUUUUGGGUUCGAGAACUUUCAGAGAAAUUCAUUUGAGCAGCUCUGCAUAAACAUCGCCAAUGAGCAAAUCCAGUACUAUUUCAAUCAGCAUGUUUUUGCUCUUGAACAGAUGGAAUAUAAGAAUGAGGGCAUUGACGCUACACCCGUGGAGUAUGAGGACAAUCGCCCACUCUUGGAUAUGUUCCUCCAGAAACCCCUGGGACUGCUUGCACUUUUAGAUGAGGAAAGUCGGUUUCCCCGAGCAACUGAUCAGACGCUAGUUGAUAAGUUUGAAGAUAAUCUACGAUGCAAAUACUUUUGGAGGCCCAAAGGAGUGGAGCUGUGCUUUGGCAUUCAUCACUAUGCUGGAAAGGUAUUAUAUGAUGCUUCUGGGGUUCUUGAGAAAAACAGAGACACUCUCCCUGCCGAUGUGGUUGUAGUCCUGAGAACGUCGAAAAACAAGUUGCUUCAGCAACUCUUCUCAAUCCCUUUGACCAAAACAGGUAACUUGGCCCAAACAAGAGCCAGGAUAACAGCAGCCUCAAGAUCUUUGCCUCCACAUUUCAGUGCUGGGAGAGCCAAGGUGGACACUCUGGAGGUGAUACGGCAUCCAGAAGAAACGACCAACAUGAAGAGGCAGACCAUGGCUUCUUACUUCCGGUAUUCUUUGAUGGAUCUACUCUCCAAAAUGGUGGUUGGACAGCCCCACUUUGUGCGCUGCAUCAAACCCAACGAUGACCGAGAGGCUCUUAAGUUCUCCCGAGAGAGAGUACUGGCCCAGCUCCGCUCCACGGGGAUCCUGGAGACGGUCAGCAUCCGCCAGCAGGGCUAUUCCCACCGCAUCCUCUUUGAAGAGUUUGUGAAAAGGUAUUAUUACUUGGCAUUCAGAGCACAUCAAACACCUCUUGCUAGCAAGGAAAGCUGUGUCGCUAUCUUGGAAAAGUCCAGAUUAGAUGACUGGGUGCUGGGAAAAACAAAGGUUUUUCUCAAAUAUUACCAUGUCGAGCAGUUAAAUUUGCUGCUGCGGGAAGUCAUAGGCAGAGUGGUUGUGCUGCAGGCGUAUACCAAGGGAUGGCUUGGAGCCAGGAGAUACAGAAGAGUCAGGGAGAAGAGAGAGAAGGGGGCUGUUGUCAUCCAGUCAGCCUGGAGAGGAUAUGAUGCUCGGAGGAAAUUUAAGAAAAUAAGCAACAGAAGGAGUGAGUCUGCUGUUCAUAUUCGAGCAGACAGUAUCCCUGCUGGAAACAAGGCCUGGGUCUGCCCUCUGGCUAGGCCAUCAAACUCCAAGCCAAGCCAGAGCCGCUUCCUGCAGCAGCUGAUCUGUGGGACCCUUGAAGCUGCAGUUCUGAGGGGUUCUGUAGAUCAUAAAAGCAGUCAACAAGCAGAAUCCAACAGUGGCCAUGCACAGACUUCAAGCAACUCUCCUGCUAUCACUGAGAAAAUUCGGUAUUCACAAGCCCAGAGUUCUCCAAAAGGGUGUGGUGUCUUCACAGGACAUCCAAAUAAGCACUCAGUAUCUGGAACUGACUCACUGUCUUCUGGGACAUGCCAUGCUGCUCCAGAUCACCCAGGACUAAGUCCCUCAAGGGGAGCCCCUGCAAAACCUGAUUCAGAAAAUGGUCUUGCACAGAAGCAGCGAACACCUCACAGAAGAUGUCAGCAGCCCAAAAUGUUGAGUAGCCCUGAGGACACCAUGUACUAUAACCAGUUAAAUGGAACUCUAGAAUAUCAAGGGAGCAAGAGGAAGCCAAGAAAACUUGGCCAAAUCAAAGUGCUUGAUGGGGAAGAUGAAUAUUACAAAUCUCUGUCACCAGUGGACUCGAUCCCUGAGGAAGACAACUCAGCCCACUCUUUCUUUUUUUCCUCAUCCUCAAAAGGAGCAUCUUUUGCUCACCACUGA